GUCGCGGCGAGGCUCGCGUGGUCUGCGGCGGGCACGGGUCCGAACCCGAGGGGGAGCGCGCCGCGCGCCCCCUGCGUCCCAGGAGCGGCGGGCCGCGGAAGUGACGUGCUGCACGAGCGAGAGUUCGUUUGAAUCGGUUCCCGGGUGAUCCCGCGCCUGCCGUGCUCGGCCACCGCCGCCGCGGCCGAGGGAGGGGCUGCAGCGCGUCGGGGUUGAGGCCUCGCGUCGCCCUGGGCACCAGAACCGAAGGCGCAGUGCGGAGCCCGCACCUCGGUCCUGAGCGUGGCGGCGGCAGGCGCCGUCGCUGCUGAUUCUUUUCCCUUCCCCAAUAUGGCAGCCGCGGACGACGACGGCGCCUCGGUGGGGACUGGAGAGGGCUGCGGAGACGGCGACGGCUGCAGAACAGUGUACUUGUUUGACCGGCGCGAGAAAGAGUCAGAGCUCGGGGACCGUGCUGUGCAGGUCGAGGAGCGCUCGGAUUACGCGGCGUUCCGCGCCUCCGUCUGUCAGACGCUUGGCAUUCUACCUGAAGAGAAGUUUGUUAUUACAACAACAAGUAGGAAAGAAAUUACCUGUGAUAAUUUCGAUGAAACUAUUAAAGAUGGAGUCACUCUGUAUCUGCUACAGUCAGUCAAUCAGUUACUACUAACAGCUACAAAAGAACGAAUUGACUUCCUACCUCACUAUGACACACUGGUUAAAAGUGGCAUGUAUGAAUAUUAUGCAAGUGAAGGACAAAAUCCUUUGCCAUUUGCUCUUGCAGAAUUGAUUGAUAAUUCUUUGUCUGCUACUUCUCGUAACACUGGUAUUAGAAGAAUACAGAUCAAACUGCUUUUUGAUGAAGUGCAAGGAAAACCUGCUGUUGCGGUGAUAGAUAAUGGAAGAGGAAUGACCUCUAAACAGCUUAACAACUGGGCCGUGUAUAGAUUAUCAAAAUUUACAAGGCAAGGAGACUUUGAGAGUGACCAUUCAGGAUAUGUUCGUCCAGUACCAGUGCCACGCAGUCUAAAUAGUGAUAUUUCCUAUUUUGGUGUUGGGGGCAAGCAGGCUGUUUUCUUUGUUGGACAAUCAGCCAGAAUGAUAAGCAAACCAGCAGACUCACAAGAUGUUCAUGAGCUUGUGCUUUCAAAAGAGGAUUUUGAGAAGAAGGAGAAAAAUAAAGAGUCAAUAUAUAGUGGAUAUAUUAGAAACAGAAAGCCAUCUGAUUCUGUUCAUAUUACAAAUGAUGAUGAAAGAUUUCUACAUCAUCUUAUCUUAGAGGAGAAGGAAAAAAAUAGUUUUACUGCUGUGGUUAUCACAGGGGUACAACCAGAACACAUGCAGUACUUGAAAAAUUAUUUCCAUCUUUGGACAAGGCAGUUAGCGCAUAUUUAUCAUUACUAUAUUCAUGGCCCAAAGGGAAAUGAAAAACAUACAUCAAAAGAAGUUGGACCUUUCAACAACAUUGAUAUUGAAAUUUCUAUGUUUGAAAAAGGGAAGACACCUAAGAUUGUCAACCUGAGGGAAAUGCAAGAUGACAUGCAGACGUUGUACAUAAACACAGCAGCUGAUAGUUUUGAGUUCAAGGCUCAUGUUGAAGGAGAUGGUGUAGUGGAAGGGAUUAUCCGCUAUCAUCCUUUCCUAUAUGAUAGAGAAACUUACCCUGAUGAUCCAUGCUUUCCAUCAAAAUUAAAAGAUGAAGAUGAUGAUGACGAUUGUUUCAUAAUUGAGAAAGCAGCAAGAGGGAAAAGGCCUAUUUUUGAAUGUUUUUGGAAUGGACGACUAAUACCAUAUACAUCUGUUGAGGACUUUGACUGGUGUACUCCUCCUAAGAAGAGAGGGCUUGCACCAAUUGAGUGCUACAAUAGAAUAUCUGGUGCAUUAUUCACUAAUGACAAAUUCCAAGUCAGCACAAAUAAACUCACUUUUAUGGAUCUUGAGCUAAAAUUGAAAGAUAAGAACACCCUUUUUACAAGGAUUUUAAAUGGACAGGAGCAGCGAAUGAAAAUUGACAGAGAAUUUGCUUUAUGGCUGAAGGACUGUCAUGAAAAGUAUGACAAACAAAUUAAAUUUACAUCUUUCAAAGGAAUAAUUACACGUCCUGAUCUUCCUUCUAAAAAGCAAGGCCCCUGGGCAACAUACUCAGCAAUAGAGUGGGAUGGAAAAAUAUACAAAGCAGGACAGCUGGUCAAGACGAUCAAGACACUUCCUCUCUUUUAUGGAAGCAUAGAAAAGUUUUUUCUUUAUGGUGAUCAUGAUGGAGAAGUGUAUGCUACAGGAGGAGAGGUUCAAAUUUUAAUGGAACCUCAGGCAUUGUAUGAUGAAAAAAGAACUGUGCCAAUUGCAAAGCUGGAUAGGACAGUUGCUGAGAAAACUGUAAAAAAAUAUGUAGAAGAUGAAAUGGCAAGGCUUCCUGAUAGAUUGUCAGUAACUUGGCCUGAAGGAGAUGAAUUAUUGCCAAAUGAGAUUAGGCCUGCUGGAACCCCCAUAGGUGCAUUAAGAAUUGAAAUACUGAAUAAAAAAGGGGAAGCAAUGCAAAAGCUUCCAGGAACAAGUCAUGGAGGGUCAAAGAAACUUCUGGUUGAGCUCAAAGUUAUACUACACUCCUCAAGUGGAAAUAAAGAAAUCAUUUCACAUAUUAGUCAACAUGGAGGAAAAUGGCCUUACUGGUUUAAAAAAAUGGAAAAUAUUCAAAAGUUGGGGAAUUAUACCUUGAAAUUACAAGUUGUAUUGAAUGAAAGUAAUGCAGACACUUAUGCAGGAAGACCACUACCAUCUAAAACAAUUAAAUUUUCUGUUAAAGAGGGUAAGCCAGAGAAAUUCUCAUUUGGUCUUCUGGAUUCUCCUUUUCGUGUUGGAGUGCCGUUCAAUAUCCCCCUGGAGUUUCAGGAUGAAUUUGGUCAUGCUAGUCAACUAGGAAAUGAUAUUCAGCCAGUUUUUGAAGCAAGUGGUUUAUCUUUGCAUUAUGAAGAGCUAACCAAAGGACCAAAUUGCAUAAUUCGAGGUGUUACAGCUAAAGGCCCUGUGAACUCUUGUCAAGGCAAGAAUUUUAAUCUGAAGGUUAUUCUACCGGGUUUAAAAGAAGACACACAGAUUUUAAAAAUUAGAUUAUUACCAGGUCCCCCUCAUCGAUUGAAAGUGAAACCUGAUUCUGAAAUUUUAGUUAUAGAAAAUGGAACAGCUUUCCCAUUUCAGGUAGAAGUUUUGGAUGAAUCAGACAAUAUAACAACACAACCAAAAUUGAUUGUUCAUUGUAAGUUUUCAGGUGCUCCAAACCUUCCCGUCUAUGUUGUGGAUUGCAGUAGUUCUGGAACCAGUAUUUUAUCAGGAUCUGCAAUCCAAGUUCAGAACAUUAAAAAAGAUCAGAUGCUUAAAGCAAAAAUUGAAAUACCUAGUUGUAAAGAUGUGGCACCUGUGGAAAAGACUAUUAAAUUGCUUCCUAGUAGCCAUGUUGCAAGAUUACAGAUAUUCAGUGUGGAAGGACAAAAGGCAAUCCAGAUCAAACAUCAGGAUGAGGUUAAUUGGAUAGCAGGCGAUAUUAUGCAUAAUCUUAUUUUUCAAAUGUAUGAUGAAGGGGAAAGAGAAAUCAUUAUAACAUCAGCUUUAGCAGAUAAAAUUAAAGUUAACUGGACACCUGAGAUUAACAAAGAACACUUGCUACAAGGGCUGCUUCCUGAUGUACAAGUGCCAACAUCUGUAAAAGAUAUGCGCUAUUGCCAGGUUUCAUUCCAAGACGAUCAUGUAUCUUUGGAAAGUGCAUUUACAGUAAGACCACUCCCUGAUGAACCUAAACAUCUAAAAUGUGAGUUAAAAGGAGGGAAAACAGUACAGAUGGGCCAAGAGCUUCAAGGGGAAAUAGUUAUAAUAGUUACAGAUCAGUAUGGAAAUCAGAUUCAGGCAUUUUCACCAAAUUCUUUAUCUGCCUUGGGAAUUGCUGGGAUUGGACUUGAUAGUUCACAUUUGAAAACUGCUUUUCAGGAAAAUACACAAAGUAUAAGUGUAAGAGGCAUCAAAUUUAUUCCAGGUCCUCCUGGAAAUAAGGAUCUUUGUUUUACGUGGCGUGAGUUUUCUGACUUUAUUCGAGUGCAGCUAAUUUCUGGACCACCAGCUAAACUUCUCCUUAUAGACUGGCCGGAAUUAAAGGAGUCCAUUCCAGUGAUUAAUGGAAGAGAAUUACAGAAUCCUCUCACUGUUCAACUUUGUGACCAGUGGGAUAAUCCAGCACCUGUACCACAGGUUAAAAUAAGUCUUCUAAAACCUAACAAUUUAAAGCUGACUCCUUCAAACCAACAGCAUAAAACAGAUGAAAGGGGCAGGGCUAAUUUGGGAGUAUUCACUGUUUAUGCCCCUAGAGGACUACACAAUAUGCAAAUUAGAGCCACGUAUAACAAGAAUAUCAUAGAUGGACCUUUAAUUAAGUUGAUGAUUCUUCCAGACCCAGAAAAACCUAUUCGUCUCAAUGUUAAAUAUGACAAAGAUGCUUCCUUUUUAGCAGGGGAUGUUUUUACUGAUUUUAUUGUUACGAUUAUUUCUGAAGAUGACAGUAUCAUUAAAAAUAUUAAUCCAGCACGUAUUUCCAUGAAAAUGUGGCAGCUGUCUAACAGUGGAAACCGACAACCAACAAAUGCAGAAACAUUUAGUUGUAAUAAAAUAAAAGAUGACAAGGAGGAUGGCUGCUUCUACUUCAGGGAUAAAGCAGUUCCUAACAAAGUGGGGAUAUAUUGUAUCCAGUUUGGUUUUAUGAUGGAUAAAACAAAUAUUCUUAACAGUGAACAGAUUAUAGUUGAUGUUCUGCCUAAUCAACCUGUGAAGUUAAUUCCUAAAUAUCAGCCGGCUACACCAGCUGUUUCAAAUGUCCGCUCAGUUGCCAGUAGGACCUUGGUCAGAGAUCUACAUCUUAAUAUCACGGAUGAAUACAACAAUCAAACUGGAAUAGAUUUGGUUGGUAUUGUAAGAGCUACCAUUAAAGGUCCUAAUGAAGAAGAUACUGAUACACCACUCUUUACUGGGAAAGUUAGAACACUUGAAUUUCCCUUUGUCAAAGGUUCAGCUGAAAUCACGAGUCUGGUGCUGGCAGAAAAUAGUCCUGGAAGAGAUAGCACUGAAUAUGUUAUUGUAUUUGAGCCUCAGCUGCCAACGUUAUCAAGGACACUAAAAUCAUAUGAACUACCAUUUAUGUUUUAUGAUGAUGUUAAGAAGCAGCAACAAAUGGCAGCACUUACAAGAGAGAAAGACCAAUUAUCUAAGAAUAUUGUAAUGUACAAAAGUUUAUUUGAAGCCGGCAAACAGCUUCUUAAUGAAAUGAAGUGCCAAGUGGAAGAAGCAAAAUUAAAAGAGGCCCAGUUGCGAAAUGAACUAAAAACACAUAAUAUUGACAUUCCUACCACACAGCAGAUGCCACACAUUGAAGCACUUUUGAAAAGAAAGCUAUCAGAACAGGAAGAACUUAGGAAGAAACCGAGAAGAUCAUGUACUCUUCCAAACUAUACUAAAGGUGGUGGAGAUGUUUUGGGAAAGAUUGCACACCUGGCACAAAUUGAAGAUGAUAGAGCUGCUGUGGUUAUUUCUUGGCAUCUGGCAAGUGACAUGGACUGUGUAGUCACCCUGACCACUGACGCUGCACGUCGCAUCUAUGAUGAAACCCAGGGUCGCCAGCAGGUGUUGCCCCUUGAUUCUAUUUAUAAGAAGACUCUUCCAGAUUGGAAAAGACCUCUACCUCAUUACCGAAAUGGAAAAUUGUAUUUUAAACCCAUUGGAGAUCCAAUCUUUGCCCGAGAUUUGUUAACAUUUCCAGAUAACAUAGAACAUUGUGAAACAGUAUUUGGUAUGCUGUUAGGAGACACCAUUAUUUUGGAUAAUUUGGAUGCUGCCAAUCAUUAUAGGAAAGAGGUUGUUAAAAUUACGCACUGCCCUACACUGCUCACCAGAGAUGGAGAUCGCAUUAGAAGUAACGGCAAGUUCGGGGGUCUUCAGAAUAAAGCUCCUCCGAUGGAUAAGCUUCGGGGAAUGGUAUUCGGAGCGCCGGUGCCAAGGCAGUGCCUGGCCACAGGGGAGCAAAUAGAUCUUCUUCAGCAGUACCGCACUGCUGUGGCCAAGCUGAACACUGUGAUCGAGGACCUCAGCCGUCAGUCCCAGUACCUUCACACCCCUGAUAUGAAGAAGAAGAAACAAGAACUUGAUGAACAAGAGAAAAAUCUGAAACUAAUAGAACAAAAACUAGGUAUGACUCCCACACGUAAGUGUAACGACUCUCUGCGUCACCCAGCAAAGGCUGAAAUGAUAGGUUGUCCAGUUCCUCCUAAAAGAGCGAGAAGAGAAACGACAAGACAAAAUAGGACUGUAACCAAAACAGAUGUGUGAAAGAUGACAGAGAAGAGAGGGCAUUGGUCUCACUAAGAGUGCCCUGCCUUCUGGACUUCUGUUUCAGAAGACAACGAGGGUGAUUUACCAGACUGAAUAUUUCUGGCGACAGUACACCUGGGCAUACAAUUCCGUGUCUGUUCAAUGGGACUGAAAGCAACCAUUCAAUAUCACAAAUCUCAGUGGACACUGUGUACUUAUUGGAAUUAUUCCAGUCAUCAUGCCCAUUGGUUGUCAUCUUGCAAAGAGGAAAGUGUGCAGACAAGGCAGUGACUGUAAAACUGGCACAUGGCAUUUAUUAAUCCUGAAGGAAAGUGUAUGUACUAUUUUUCAGUAUGAUUACUAUGGGUAUACUAGAAAUAUUUCUUGAAAAUAAACCCUUUUAUUACUUUCCUGUGAAGUUAUUUAACAAAACUGUUCUGUUUUAUCUAAGGAAUUGUCUGUUGUAUCUAAGGAAGAUUCUAGAGGUUAGGUAUUUAAUUGUAAAUAUGUGAGGAAUCUCUUAAUGAAGAAUUCAGAAUAAAAACAGAAAAAGCACAGGUAUCUGGGAAUUCAAAUGUUGGGAUACAUGGAAAACGUUAAAUUGGUGAGUGAAUUUGUGACUACAGUAGCAUUUUAAAUUUCUAAAGAUUUACCUGUAAAUAUACAAAAUAUGCAGCAGCAGCAAUUUUUAUAAAUAUUGUUUGACUUUAUUAAUACUAGAUUAUAUAGUCUCAGCUUUAAUUUACAUUUACAUUAUUUUGUAAUUUUGUAUUACUAUUUUUAAAGAGUUAAAGAAGUUGUACACUCCCACAGUAAUGCAAUAAGGGUCUGCUAGAAGGUUGCUGCAAAAAAAACAUUUGAACUCUGUAUUAAUUCAUACUGAUGUAUGUCAUUAUGUAUAUCUUUGUGUAAGUCCGGGACAUUCGGGCUGUGAAGUUAUUUUGUAAGGAAAUACUUUUGGUACAGUUUUGUGUCCCAGGAAAUGUGUUUUUUUUAAUCCUUUCUGAAUAUACAGUGAAGUUAAUAAAAGAGGAUUGUUUCUCCCCUAUUGAA